AUGGCACCUCCUCCGAGUCCCUCGUCCUCCUCGACGACGAUCGCCGAUGUCAUCGAAAUCGAAGAAACCACAACCUUUAGGCCUUUUCAAUGGGCAAAGGCCAGAGUCCGAGGUCCGAUCGACGAGGAGAAGUUCUCCGAGCACAACUACGUAGGCGAAGGGACAGAAUCGAAUCCAUUCCUCGUCAAAUUUCUGCCGAAUGAUCCUCAAGAUGCGAUGACUUUUGCGCCAUGGAGGAAAUGGAUGAUUACCAUUCUUCAGGCGAUCGCAACAUUGGCUGUCACCUUUGUGAGCUCUGCAUACACUGGAGGCAUACGGGAAAUCAUCCGCGCCUUUGACGUGUCCCAGGUAGUAGCCACUCUGGGUGUGUCGCUCUUUGUACUGGGCUUUGCUGUUGGACCACUACUCUGGGCUCCUCUGUCUGAGUUGUAUGGGAGGCAAAAGGUCUUUAUCGUCACGUACUUUGCUUUAACAGCAUUCAACAUUGGAGCUGCUUGUGCGCCGACAAUGCCGGCGUUACUCGUUCUUCGAUUCUUCGCAGGCGCAUUUGGUUCUUCUCCAUUGACCAAUGCAGGCGGCGUCAUUGCGGACAUGUUCAACCAUACUGAGCGCGGCCUAGCCUCCAGCCCUAUUGUCGGUGGCUUCCUCGGAGAGACGGAAGGUUGGCGUUGGCUUCUAGGCUUGAUGGCAAUCUUCACUGGCGUUUUCUGGAUUCUAAUCACACUUCUUGUCCCGGAAACAUACGCCCCAUAUCUCCUUCGUCAACGUGCCCAAAUGCUCUCUGAAAGAACAGGCAGAGUUUACAUCUCACUGCUCGACGCCGGUCAACCUCCAAAGUCCAUUUCCAGCCAACUAAAAGUCGCUCUCACACGGCCCUGGAUAUUGCUAUUCAAAGAGCCCAUCGUCCUGCUCCUCUCGAUAUACAUCUCCAUCAUCUACGGCACCUUAUACAUGUGCUUUGCCGCCUUUCCCAUUGUCUUUCAAGUAGGAAGAGGCUGGAGUCCGGGAAUUGGAGGCCUGGCUUUCAUUGGGACUGCACUUGGUGUAUCACUCGCCACUCUUACGGGCAUUUUCGAAAACAGGCGUUAUACACGCUUAUCAGCCGCCAAGGGUGGUAUGCUUGACCCAGAGGCCAGACUUCCUCUGGCAAUGGUUGGGUCUAUCUUCAUCCCUAUCGGACUGUUUUGGUUUGCUUGGACGACAUAUCCUUCAAUCCACUGGGCUGUGCCAAUUGUUGGUACUGUGUUCUUUGGUCUAGGACUGGUUCUGGUGUUCCUUUCUUUACUAAACUAUCUGAUUGAUUCUUAUGUGGUCUUUGCUGCUUCAGUCUUGGCCGCCAACUCUGUCCUUCGAUCUCUUUUCGGGGCAGCCUUUCCUCUAUUCACGCCGCACAUGUACGAGAAUCUCGGUGUUCAAUGGGCAGCUUCCGUCCCAGCAUUCUUGGCCCUUGCCUGUGUCCCAUUCCCGUUUCUAUUCUACAAAUACGGCCAUCGCAUCCGACUCAAGUGCGAAUAUGCCUCUGAGGCUGUUCAAAUUCUUGACAAGAUUCGUGCUCAGCAUGCUGCAGCCAUGCAAGAGCCAUCAGUGCUGCAAGAUGAGGAGACCGGGAGAACCAGAUCAAACAGCAAUUAG